UUACGUGUAAACCCCUAAAUGGUUGAUUCUUACCAAUCUUCUAGGUUAACAAAUGAACCAGAAGUUACUUCUUUACCACACUGGGUAGUUGAAGUUUCCACCCCGGUUCUUGGGUGAAAUGAAACCCAGGUACAUUCUCAGAGCAGGCUUUAUUACUUAAUUUAAUUUCUUUUUAAAAAAACGACAAAGCAUGGGUUGACCCAGCAGCAGACCAAAUAUCUCCCUUAGUGAUAAGACCUGAAUUUGUUUUUAGUUUCCAAUAGCAUCUGUUCACGUGGGGUUAACGUAGCCGGUAACGCAACCAUGUUUUUGUUUGGCCUAAGCGGCGACAGACGAACUUCGAUUAAGCUCACAGGUAGCACUAGCAAAACCUAAUCGAACCGUUUGGAUCGAACUCAAACAUGUCAUGUACUUUUCUGCACUAAAAUGCACCGUGAAGUGCUGUCGUAUUAGCAAUUCCAUCCUGAGCCUUUUUCGAGUCUUAAGUCGCAUGCACGUCUUCCUUGUGUCAAAGUGAGUUGGUUCGUUCUCACAAUAAGAAAGUAACAUCAGAAAAAAAACCUGCAAACUGGUUUCCGGAGCUUAAUCGUCAAAAAUGGGGUUACCCGCAGCGACUUAAUAUCUGCAUGAAGCCGGAAGGGCCAAUUAGCAACAAAUCGUUACUGGAAGUUUAUUUGGUAGAUGAACAAGCGCAGAAGCUAUGUCGGUGUCUCGAGUGUGUGCUGAAAAAAAUGGUGUCGCGAUUGAUUGCCUUCGUAGAGAGCGCUGUGUCAAAACGUGAGGUGUUUCUACUUAAUUGGUUGAGACAGGGACAGGUGUAUAUAUUCCAAACACAGUGUGUUACAAUGAAAUUCAACAUGGGUAUUUGUCAAAUUCCAAGAGCAUUUCUGACAACAUUGGUCCUUCUCACGAUAGUCAUCAAAUCGCAUGCCGUCGUCCCCACCGAACAACUAAUCGACACCAUAUAUGGACAGGUGUUAGGAGUGCGAAGACAUGUUACUGACCAAAAAGAUGUCGUAGCUUUCCUGGGAAUUCCCUUCGCUAGGCCACCAGUUGGAAGUCGCCGAUAUAAACCACCAGAGCCCAUGGGUUCUUGGCGACCAGAGAUAAAAAACGCUUCUACCUUCGGCGCAUCCUGUGUACAAGUUUUGGACAAUGCAUUUCCUAACUUUACCGGUGCAGAGAUGUGGAACACCAAGUUACCGAUGAGAGAAGAUUGCCUGUACUUGAACGUGUGGGUACCGUCACCACGACCAACGACAGAACGCUUGGCAGUUAUGGUGUGGAUAUUUGGAGGUGGAUUCUAUGGAGGUGCAGCCACGUUACCUGUCUACGAUGGAAGCACUCUAACAGCAACACAAGGAGUUAUCGUGGUUUCAAUGAACUAUCGAGUGGGUUCUUACGGCUUCUUGUCUUUAGGAACCUCAGAGGUCCCAGGAAAUAUGGGACUCCUCGAUCAGGCAAUGGCUUUACAGUGGAUCCAAGACAAUAUCGAGUAUUUUCACGGGGACCCAGACAAAGUGACACUUUUCGGCGAAAGUGCUGGUGCGGUGAGCGUUGGUUAUCAUCUUCAAUCUCGUAUGACUUCGCCGUUAUUCACCCGAGCAAUCAUGCAGAGUGGGACACCACUUUGCCCCUGGGCACUUAUCACAAACGAAGAAGCCAGACGAAGGGCCAUGAUAUUCGCCCGCAAUCUAAACUGCGUGGAAUACGCCGACGGAACACCGUUCUCGGACGCUCAAAUCAUGGCCUGCCUCCGAACGAAGGAUCCAAACGAGACAUUAGAGAACGAAUUUCCAGAAAGUGGCGUCUAUGUUUUUCCCUUUGUACCUGUCGUUGACGGCGUUAUUAUCACGGAGACUCCACAGUCAGCCUUUGAGCGCCAUGCCAUAAAGCAAACUGAUAUCAUGCUUGGCUCCAAUACGAAUGAAGGUUCAUCUUUUAUGAUUUACUAUCUGACUGGUUUCAAUAAGGAUACAGACAGCCCGAUCAACAUGACUUUGUUCAAUCAAACAAUUGCAAAGAUUUUCAAACCAAUGAACAAGUUUGCUAGGAGUGCCAUUAAAUUCCAGUACACAGACUGGUUGGAUCCCUUUAACCCAUACAAACUUCGCGAUGCUACAGAAGCAUUCGUUACUGACUACAAAAUAGCUUGUCCUAUCUUUGAGACUGCUCGGGCCUACACAUCAGCCAAGAACAAGGCAUACUUGUACAGAUUUCGUCGACGGCCCUCUAAUAAUCCAUGGGGUGAGUGGAUGGGUGUUAUGCACGGUGACGAAAUUGCCUAUGCAUUUGGUCAGCCACUUCAUCCUAACAACGGCUUCUCAGAGGAAGAUAUCGCCCUGAGCAGAAAGAUGAUCAGGCUCUGGAGCAACUUUGCAAAAACCGGGAAUCCGAAUAUGAGGCACCUGAAUGAACCGGAUGAGUUGGGUGAAGGAUGGCCAGCCUUCCAGCUUAAUUCACCGGCUCAUUAUAUCCUGGAUUCAACUACGAUAGACAGUCCAUUAGUUACAGAGUAUGAUAAGGCAACACACUGUGCCUUCUGGAGAGAGUACUUACCAAGACUGGAUGCACAGACUGCUGAUAUAAAUGAGGCCGAAAUGAAGUGGAAAGAGGAAUUUCAUCAGUGGAGCACGAAAUACAUGGUGGACUGGAAAGCUGAAUUCAACAAUUACAUCUACAACAAGAACCAGAACUGCCUCGAACCUAACGACUGAUAGCAUGUAGUUCGAGUCAAGAUACGUACAAGGACCAAAGCAUAAGAUAUAAACUUGGAAACUAUACGGUUUAAUGAUUGAAUCAAGCUCAUGGUCUCUUUCGUGAUGGAGUUCGAUGGGAUUGGAAACUUUGCUUCACAUUACUCAUGUUUUAAACUUAAAAGAAACUGACGGCUCUAAAAGUAAAUCAAUCACAGAGUGUGAAUUAAUACGAAAUAUAUUAAGUUAAAGACUGAAUUUCAGCCAAUUCAAUUUCCAGCGAAGCAAGGUCAAGCUACCUCGAACAUGUUAUCAUGCGUAAGUUGCGCAGUAAGUAGCGCAAAUGACCAACGUGUUUCAUUUUGUUUAACUUGACUAAAACAAGUAACAAAAACGAUUUCUCUAUUUUUCCGGGGCAAAGAAACUUCUAGGGAUGGUGUUUUUCUAUGUUUCAAUAUAGGCUUAACCAAGCGAACUUUCAUAAACAGGACACCACUACUUGAGUCCAGAUUAAUCAUGAGAUUUCAACUGUUGUGCUUUCUUCAAAUUGAGAACUACAUUGUCAGGAAAAGCCACUAUGUCAAUUAAGUUGUUUAAUUUAUUUGGUUGAAUGACCAAAAUCUAAGUACACAAUAAUCAAUUUAUCGCGUCUUGCUCACAUCCUUUCAAAAUGUAGAUUUGUAAAGUGUGUUUGACGUACUUGUGUAGUUUCAUUUAUAUUUUAAUGAAUUAGUAUGAGAUCAGAGAAGCUAUGGAGAAGUCAUUUUUGGGGUGUUUCGUAGAGUGAACCUCCUGUAAUAAUAGUAAACAAUUGUUAAAAUCCAAUUGAAGCAAUAUUUUACGGUUAAUAGGCAGCAAGACAUUUGAGAUAGAAAGUGUAGCGAUCGUACUUUUUAUACCAGUAAUUUUUAUCUUGUGUAUACUACUCGUCGAAUCUUUAAAGCAAUAUUGUUAGGCUGGAUGCAGGCGUGGUUCUUUCACUUUAUGUUGGGCCUAGUUUUGGUCCUUCCAUCCUAUGCAUAAUCAUGGUUAGUGAUAAACCUGUUGACAUGGAAUGGUUUUCAUGUUCACUGAUGCGUUAUCGCCAAACAAUGAAUUGUUGGACACAGGUGAGCUAGGUAUUUGAAAUGGUUUUCGUGUUCAUAUGAUGCGUUAUCGCCAAACAAUGAAUUGUUGGACACAGGCGGGCUAGGUAUUUGUACCGAUCGUUUGAAGAGCAGCAGCUGCCAUCACAGCCUUAGAUUUCUGAGGGAGUCAUUCCUGUUUGUUUGGUUUAUUUUUUAAAUAAAAUAAGUGUUUUGGAGAACCUAGCAAAUCACUGAUGCCAGCUCCUGGAGACUGUGUAAAAUGCGUCAAAGUGAGCUCAUUGUGCACGUAUAUGUACAUUAGAAAAUAACAAGACCCAGCUUGCAUUUUCAGUAACUUUAAAGAUAAAUUAUUACAUGGGUCAAUGAUAAAAUUGUGCAAAUAGAAUGGGUAGCUUGAGCUCAUGAAUUAACGUACCUGCAAACAUUCCAUAGAAACUAAUGAGUUUGCCUUCAAUAUUGUUAAUUUUAUUUGGAAACUGAUAUUUGUUUAUAAACUACGUCACUUCAAAUAUUCAAUCUUGUUCCUCAUUAGGCAUACAUGCCGAUCUGUAUCUCUUUCUCAUCGUGACAAGUUCCAGAUUGCCCUUAACUUAUAACAGUUGAUGUUUUAGUACUUUACAGCAGCUAAAUGUAAUGUUCAAUAAUUUUUACGUAUAUUGAUUCCGACAUCUGUUCAGUUCUUAAUAUUCCUUUUGACGUCAGUAUAGCUUGGGAUUUUUCACUUUUCUACACAAUUUGGGUACUUCUUCAGUAGAGUGAGUAAUCUUCUGUGGAUAAUAACAAGCACGUUAAAUUGUACUCAAAGGUGGGGCAUUAUUAUGUUGUGAGUGUGUGUCUUACACGUACAUGUACAUGUAUGCUCUUGAAACAUAAUAAUGCAUACAAGUAAUAAAUUGGAAGCAUUGAUGUUAGCGUUCAAUAAAUUGUAGAAAUGUAAUAUA